GCAACUGGGGGCUGGGCUCGCAAGCGGCGGCAGCAGCAGCGGCGGGACCUGGAGCCUCCCCAAAUUCCUUUUUUUGGAUCAAAAUCUUUUGGAGGAAGAAGCCCUGACGGCCUCAUGUUGAGCAAGGCUGAGUUUGUUGAGAAAGUUCGUCAGAGUAACCAGGCCUGUCAUGAUGGUGAUUUUCAUACAGCUAUUAUGCUGUACAAUGAAGCCCUGGGAGUCGAUCCUCAGAAUUGCAUCCUGUACAGUAACCGAUCUGCAGCAUACAUGAAAAUCCAGCAGUACGACAAGGCACUGGAUGAUGCAAUCAAAGCACGACUCCUAAAUCCUAAAUGGCCAAAGGCCCAGGGAUCUUGAAGUUGGGUUACCAGUCUCCAGGGAGAUGGGGACAGACGCUGACUUGGCUGAGUGCUAAACUGCACUGGGUGACCAGUUCUGCCUUCACAGCUGCAC